GGUGAUGGGUGCGGUGGGGCUGGUGGUGUAGAGAGUGAGAGAGGGAGUGAGCUUGGAGCUUGAGUCUGGAGCAUGAGAAAGGGAGCAGGAACCUGAGAAAGACCUUGUGUGAGACAGAGAGAGAUGGAGAGAGGGAGCAGAGGGGAGCAGAAAGGAGAGGACUGAGGAAGUUCAAGAGAGAGCAAAAUUUGUUGUCUCCAUGGAAAUGACGGACGAGGGUCACAGAAAAAGAGUCUUGCAGCUCGACUCCCAUUUCCAGCCCUCUUGCAAUGCAGACCCAGGCUCUGAGGCGUCUCCUGAACUGGGCACUUCCACCAGGAUCAGCAGGAGGUGGUGAGAGAGGAGAAGGCAGCCACACGGGGCAGGGUCAUUCCCCAUGGAGGAGACCAUCACAACAGACCUCUCCCUGCACAACUUGACUUCUGGAUAUGAGGACUUUGGGGGAAAUAGCGAUCACAGCUGCUUAAUAUUACUUGAAUUGAAGGCGAUUGCAGCUGUGUGCAUGGCAGUUUCUCUCUGCGGGCUUGUGGGGAACGGCUUAGUCCUGUGCUUUCUGGGCUUCCACGUGAAUCAGAAUCCAUUCACCAUCUACAUCACAAAUCUAGCUGUUCUUGACCUCUGCAUGCUCUUCCUGUUUCUCCUGCUCAUGUUGGCCGUCCUGAGCUUCUCCAGCUUUUGCCUGUAUGAUUCGAUAUCUUUGUACUUGAAUUUUGUAUUUGCAGCUGCAAUUCUGUGCCAGUACAUCCACAUCAACAGCCUGGCCUUCCUCGCAGCAAUGAGUGUGCAGCAGUGCCUGGAUGUUUUGUUUCCCAGCUCGCAUCACCACCACUACUCAAAGCAGUACUCUGGCAUUAAGUUUUUGGGGCUGGUGAUUCUCGCCGGCCUGUUUUUCAUCCCGAGGUAUCUUGGCCCUGCCUUUGCUAGGAGCUAUGAGACAGUCUUUGCUGGAGUUGCCAUUGCAGGUUGCACCAUUUUAUUGUUGCUGAUGUUGGUUUCCAGCCUGGCCCUCUUCAUCAAACUCCAAUGUGGCUCGCAGAGAAGACACCUAAGGAAAGCUCAUCUUGCUGUCCUGAUCAGUGUGAUCCUCCUCUUUGUCCUUGGCAUUCCUUUCACUGUGGAGGUUUUCCUCUAUCUUCCACAUUCAUAUGCAUUAUUUCCAGAAAUGACAUCACUGAUACCUUUCCUGCUGGCCUCACUGAACAGCUCCAUCAAACCUGUCCUUUACCUCAUGGUCGAGAGAGGCUGCCAGUGCCAGUCCCAAGACUCUGUUAAAGUCUCCUUCCGAAGACUGUUUCAAGAGGAAACCACAGGGAAGGAGAGGAACCAGGAGUUUGGGGACACCGAGGCACAGAGCAGUGUCUGGGGCCCUGCCUGUGAGGAGGCCUGGAGAUGUGGAGCCUGGCAGACAGGCUGUGCCCAUGCUGUGCUCCCCACCGCAGUAGUCAUCCCCCGCCCUGGCCCCAGCCAAUAAACCCUGCCUCCUGCGGCUCAGCA